AUGUUAGAAAGCCAAGUCGCCCAACAAGCAGAAGAAGAGGCGAGGGUAGCCCGCGAAGACUGGGCGCGGGACUCAGAGAGACCAGCUGCGAACUGGGUGGAUCUGAGUGACAACAACUUCGAGGAAGCGGUGAAUGAAGCGAUGGUACUGGCGAGUGCGACGAAAGGAAGGUUGCCGCGGAGUGGAACAGAGGCAAUGAGGGAGUCGGAGAUGUGGGGUCCUGCAAUGAGGGCAGAAAUGGAUCAGAUGAAAGAAAAGAAGGUGUGGACGUUGGUGGACCUACUGGAAGGAGAGAGGGCGCUAGAUGGAAUGUGGGUGUUCGAUUUGAAGAUGGAUGGUGCAGGAGAAGUCGUGAAACGGAAGGCAAGAUGGGUGGCGAGAGGGGACCAGAUGGUGGAGGGCCGAGACUUUGGAACAAAGUGGGCAAUGGUAGCCAGGAUGGAGUCAGUGCGGAUGGUAUUUGCGGUGGCUUCUGUGAAGGGUCUGCACGUGCGACAGUGGGAUUUCUCUGGGGCGUACCUAAACAGGACGAUGGAUCAGGCCGUAUACAUGAAACAGCCGCGCGGAUUCGAAGAGAAGGGGGAGGAAACCAAGGUGUGUCUUCUCUUGCGACCGCUCUAUGGGCUGGUUCAGGCGGGGCACAUCUGGUACAAGACUUUGAGCACUGGGUACGGGGAGUUGGGAUACCACGAAAACGUGGCAGAUCCAUGCGUACGGACUUGA